AUGCAUACUGGGCGUAAUGUAGAGAGGCCGUCCAUGGAGGGUUUCUCGAGUAGAGAAAGACAGUAUGACUACUCGAGUAUACCAGGACGUCUUCAGAAUGAGUUGGAAUUUAAAGUGGAAGGUUUCAGAAGAAAGAUUAUGGGAAUGAUGAACAGUACCGAGGGAGGACCAAAGAACCGACUAUAUUCCAAUAUUCACAGUUACAAGAACUUUAAUUUCCGAUUGAUGAUUCUCCCAAAGGUUAAGUUGACUAGUGGGGGAUCAUUAGAGGGUCACAUUUCUGCAUAUUUGGAGGCUAUACCGUCUCAAAACUGGCCUUCAAACUGGAUAUGGCUAAAUACUAGAUAUUCUGUAACUUUAAUUAAUCAAAAAGACUACAGGAAAUCUCAUUUUAUGAGCGAUGUUUUCAGCUUCAAAGGGGAAAAUGACCCAAAGAAGAAGAUUUCUUUGGAAGAAAGGAAUUUUGACUACAGUUCUGCAGGUCCAGAAGCCGAUCGUGGUUGGAGUGACUUUUUUAGCUUGAAGACCCUUUUGGAUCCAAAGACAGGAUUUGUGGAUCCUGAGACAGAAACUGUCAUUUUCAGAGCUGGCGUGUUUCCAGUUCUAUGUGAUCCAGUUUCAUAUGGAAAAUCGAAUCUUGACAGUUUAGGGACGGAUAGAUCAUUAACUGGAUACGUUGGGAUUCGAAAUCUUGGUGCUACAUGCUACAUGAAUUCCUUACUCCAAUCCCUUUACCAUAUUGGAAGAUUUAGAAAGGCAGUUUAUACAAUUCCAUUAAAUCCAAAUAAGGUUACUACAGCUUCAUCGUGUUCUAACACCCCACUAAGUAGGGAAACAAGACCUGAAUUGACUCCUGUGAGUGCUUGUUUCCCCAAGACUGAUGAAUUUGGUGAGUUCACACCUCAGAGCAUUAACUCAGAGUCUAAUGGUCUCACAAUUUCUUUGUUAGGGGAUGCUACUGAGGAUGCUGUGGAGUGGACCAGUGCAAUGGCAAAAAGCCUUUUUGAAUAUGAGAAUGAUGGAAUUGCUAGUCUAGAAAGCAUUAUGUCAUCAAAUGCAUGCCAAGAUUAUGGACAGAAUACUGGCGUUGUAAGUGGUAAUGUAUCUGGGCCAGGAUCUAUAGUAGGAGGUAAUUGUUCAGCAUCAGAAGCGGGAAAUGACCAGACAAAGAUUAGCUCUGCUCUCCAGACUUUGUUUUACGAACUUCAAACCUGUUCAGAGCCUGUGAACUGUCGUGAGCUGAUGAGAUCUUUUGGAUGGGAUGCUGCUGACGCCUUUACACAACAUGAUGCACAGGAACUUAAUAGGUUACUUUGUGAUCGUUUAGAAGAGGAGAUGAAAAAUACUGCAGUUGAUGGGAGCAUUAAAGCUCUUUUUGAGGGAGAAUAUGAAAACUACAUUGAAUGUUUGGACGUUGACUGUACUUCUCGAAGAAGAGAGAAUUUUUAUGACAUUCAGGUUGAUGUUGAGGGAGUAAAGUCAUUAGAGGAGAGCUUACAACGAUUUGUAGAAGAGGAAGUUUUAGAUGGUGAGAAUCUCUAUGAGGCUGAAGGCUUUGGCAAGCAAAGAGCAAAGAAGGGAGUCAGGUUCCAAAGAUUUCCACCAGUUGUCCAGUUCCAUCUAAAAAGAUUCCAGUUUAACAUUCAGAGCAUGGAUAUGGUCAAGUUGAAUGAUUACUUUACUUUCCCAGAGAAGCUGGAUCUGUCUAGUUUUGUCAACCACAAUAAUAAGAGUGAAGAUGAUCAGACUCAAGCAGGGAGUGCUGAAAAGUAUAUAUUACAUACUGUUGUAAUUCAUCAAGGGGAUGUACAUAGUGGGCAUUAUUAUGCUUAUAUACGUCCAAAACCUGAUUCCGAUUGGUUUAAAUUUGAUGAUGAAAAGGUUACUUUAGUUUCAUCUUCUACAGCUAUUGAGGAUAACUUUGGAGGUUAUGAAUAUGAGGUCUGGGACUACUUAGGAAACCCAGAUAGUGAUAUUCCAAAAAGAUCUAAGACUCAUUCAGCUUACAUCUUAGUAUAUGUCAGGGAAGAUCAAGCUCAAGAUUUGCUUUCAGAACCAAUCCCUCAGGAAGUCAAUCCUGAUUUAGUUUCCAAAUACAAUAGAGAGAUUGAGAUGAUGAACAUUCGAAAGAAACUUAGGCAAGAUCUUAAUGAGCAUGUACGGAUUCAAUUGCUGCUUUCUACCAGCUACAAUAUCUCACCCUUAUGCCGCCCAAGAUCUAUGGGUCUUCAUCAAAGUAUCUCAUCCUUCCCGUGGAAUUAUAUCUUCAAAUGUUCAAGAGACUUUUCUCUUUCUCAGUUCCACUCAGAGUUGGAAAGAAGGUUCUUGGAUAAGAGGGUACUCCAAACUGACAUGGUUGCUGCUAACAAAGCUUUUGGAUCCCAUUUGUUCUUAUUGGAAACCAGUUCUGACGGAAACCAUUCUUCUGGAAUGAGAGGGAUGACUGGAUCACAUCACCAUCUUGUUCAUGCAAACACAGGCUCAUCAUCUUCACCUAGCCUAUCUUUUUAUACAUGCAUCUCAUCCCCACAAGGAGAGGGAAUUGGCCUUGGGAGCCGAGGAACUGACUCUCAAAGAGGAUCAGGCGGGAUUAUAGGUAGAGCCAUUGGCUUCGGAGGAGUUCAGAGUUCGGGUACAAGAUCAGGAGACGAAAUUUUAAUGUCAGAUUUAUGUAGGAGGUAUCAUCGUGCAGGUCUCUGGGACUCAUCUUGUCCAACUUUAUAUAUGUGUUUAUUUUUGGAUGAUGUCUCGAGCCUUUUAAUCGACCGAAUUCCUCCAGAUUUACCACCAAAUGCAGAUGGACCUUAUUUGGAGAAGAGACAGAAGAUCGAAAACAAGCUGAGGAAGUUCAAUGAAAACAGAGGCGGAGAAGUUUUACUUCUUUUGAGAUAUUUUGAUAUUUCAGAUCCAAAGAUGGGAGAGUUUUGCUCUAAGUACUCUAGGACCCAGGAGAUUCCCAAUCUAUACAACCUGGGACUUGUAAUGGUUUCUCAAAGUACCACGCUUAAAGAUCUGAAUGAGUAUGUAAUGAUGGAGAUAGAAAAGGAGAAAGAUACCAAACCUACAGGAUCUGUAGGGAACUUUGAAUUUGGACUUAGAGUGUGCCUUGAGACAUCUUCAGACCAUGAGAAUCCAUUUCCACUCUUGGAUCCCCGUUGUACAGUUCAGCAACUUCAAUUGAUCAAUGGAUCUAGUCUAAUCUUCUCAAUAAACUUAGACGACUCAGUAAUUAAUAGAAAAAGAGAAGAGCUGAGGAAAUCUUUGGAAGAAAUUAUCACUUUCCCAAAUCAGAACUUAUGGCUCCAAGAGGAGAAGACUCUUGAGAAUAUUGAAAACGGAGACGAGGAAAGGUCUUCUUCUUUGUCUGCAGAUUCGAACUUUAAACUUCCUGUAGAACUGGAGAUGGUCAAAUGCCCGGAAUUCCCAGUCUUAGAUUUCCAUCAUUGGUUUGAGAACUUUCAGAAUUCUGUUAAUCUUUCAUUAUACUUAUGGGAUCCUUUGGACGGAGAGUAUCAUCAUCCUGGAGGAAGUACAUAUUUAGGCCUAUCAAAUACAAAUACAAAUGUUAAUACAAUAAAUCAUGGUAUUAUGGAAGCUAUGCAAGCCAGUAAUAAUAGUAUAAUACGUUCAUUUUCAAGGUAUCAAAUUAAGGGAAUACACCAUAUUCACUUAGAUCUUCGCUGGCCAGCUAUUAAAGCUUGGAUCUAUGUUUGCAACCAAAUCAAGGUGGACCCAAGAAGCAUUGCUUUGGCCAGAAAUGCAUUAAAUCCUUUGGAUGCAUCUCUAUUAACUUUAUUCUCUUUGAUUCAGACUCAAAGACACGAUGAUUCAAUAUCUUCUGUGAUUAGAAGUCUGAGUGUAUCACAUUAUUAUGGAAAGAUUCCACGUUCUAUUGUUAUUAUGGCUCUGUGCCUUAAGGGUCACUCUUUUGUUAAUUUGAAUAGAAAGGAUAAACAUGUCCUAACUGUAACUAAUACUGUUAGUUGCAUUAAUAUUCCAAAAGGAAGAUAUAUUUUACAGGUGGAGUCCAGUGAUACUGUGGAUUUGCUUAUCCAAAAGCUAAAGAAAAGAGAGAAUAUUAUAUCAUACAGGUCCUUUGGGAGCACAAACAACGCUAUAGAAGUUGGAGAGAACCUAGAAGGUAGAACCUUGUGUUACUCAGAGGGUUCCAAUCUGAGGCUGUUUGAAGCAAGCAAUCAGAAUGAUCAUGUUGGAGUAUACAGAGGAGGAGAGAUGAUGACAAGGAUCUUGAAUACAGAUGGUAUGCGUAAUGCAUCUACUUUUAGAGGACUAACUUUGGGAUCUUUUAUAGACUGCUUUAGGAUUGAACAAGAUUACUCUCAGAAAGAGUUGGAUCUACUUAGGAAAGGAGAGUUAGUAGAUGUUCUGGUGAUUCAAGACUCCAGAAGUGGAUUCAGUGGAAAUCACGGAGAUCACCACCAUAAUGAUGAUCACAGUAAUCAGCCAGGCGGUACAAGUUAUUUGGUGACAGUACCAGUUACCUGCAGAUUAUCAGACCUGAAAAGUAAGUUGCAAGAUAGGUUUAACUUGGACGAGAGAAUAAUAUCUAAAUGGAAAUUUUACCGUUUUGAAUCAAAAAAUCUCCAAGGAAUUAAAGAUAAUGAUCUAAUAGUAAAUAGUAUCAAAAAUAACAGUAAUACUGGUAACAACUACCACCCCACAAAUGCAAAGAAUAAUGUGGAUAUUAAUAUAUAUGGUUUUGAACCUCACACAAUAUUAUUAGCUCAACAAGUCUUUCCAGUCCUACAAAAGACUGGCUCCAGACCAUUGAGGAUCUAA